AUGAAGUCCGUUCUGCGCAAGGACAUUCUCCUGUCACUAGCACCGAUGGUGAUAGUUAUUUGCUUACUUUCGAUCAUACCGUGGCCGGGUCCGAGUGUGUUCAAGAUAUCAUGCUCCCGCGAAAGUUCGCGCGUCGUGCGCAAGAUCGUACAUUCGCGCUGGCUCCCCAUACUAGAGAAAUAUCAGGUAAAGCUACCGCUCGAGUGUCCGUUCCAUCCGCUGCGCGACAUCUUCGGCCCGCAGCAGAGCGCCAAAAAGCAGCACCGACCGAGCCAGUGGACGUGCGGCUUCUGUGGCAAAAGCUUCUUCGAGGAGAAGCAUCUCGACAUGCACUUUGAGAACCGGCACCGGACAAACAUCAACACGGCGGAGGAUGCCGUCUGUCUGGCGGACUACUGUGACAUGAUGCGCUGCGAGGUGUUGAUUGCGAAGGAUGCGACCCUGGCAUUUGGCAGCGAUCCGAACGCCGUCACGACCGAUAUCGAGGUGUGGAGCGAGGCGACCGCGUACCGGACGGCCCUCACUACAUCCGGACCGCGUGAUCUGGCCAAGGUGCCGGAAAGGAAGUCUCUGCUACCGAAGAUGCUGCAGACAAUCCGGGACGAUGUGUUUCGGAAUCGGCAACCGCAGCAACAGGCAGUGACGUCAAUGCUGCACGCAAAGGGUGCAAACAACUGCGAUAAGAAUGAUGCCACUAAAACGAAGAGCGGUCGGAAAGGAUCGAAGUCUGGUGGAGAUGAUAGAGAAGCUAAUGAUAGUCCGGUGGAAGAUGACGAUGAAGAUGAGGAUGAGGAUGAUGAUGAAGACGAAGAUGACGAGGAGGAAGAAGAGUCGGAGAACGACAGCAAUGCAACGUCACAGUGUGAGCAAAAUCUGGUUGACUCGUCGCUGCCUCCGGUGGACCGUAAGCAGCAGCGCCUGUCGGAGAUGCAGCGCAUGAAGGCGAACUGUAAUGCGGACGAGAUCGGCCACCUGAAGACACGGUGCGAGGUGCUGGUGCGCGAUUGUAUCGUCGGUUUGCUGGUGCAGCUAUCGCUCGAGGACUUCCGCAGCAUGGAGGAGGAGCUGAAUCGGGCGAUCUGCUGGUACCUGACCUGCGAUCGUUACUGGGAGGAUGGACCGCUGGAGCAGCGCCCGUUCCCGUGGGGUCUCGUCUUCGUGCUCGUAAUGGUGCUUUCGAUGGGCGUAUGUCUGUGCUACUACAUCAUCUGGAUACUGUUCGACAGCGAAGAUUUCAGUCCCGCAGCAGGUAGCCAGCUGGCGGCACAUUCGAGCUCCACCGCACACGGUGGCGUCGGUCAUCAUCUGCACCACGGGCGACACUAUCUGCAGCCGGGCACAUCCGGCUCCGGCAUUUAUCGGUUGCAGGACGGUGGACAUUCGGCCGCCAGCCUGAACAAUCUCGGCACGGGGACGGCGAGCGCGAACGACAUUCAGCACACGCCCCAGAUACACGCCUCGCCCGGUACCGGAUCGGCUGCCGGUUUGCUCUACACUACGGCCGACGACGGCUACGGCUAUGCGGCGGGUUCCGCAAGCGGUGCUGCUCGCAUGAUUGCACCGGUCGAUGGCCAUUCGUCGUCCUCCGCGGGCACGGUCGGUGUGGGGGCGGGCGGUGGGUCUGCCGUAGCGACCGGCAGCGGUGACUUUGGCGAGCUGGGACAGAGCGAACACUACAUUUACGUGACGUAUCCACCGGAACUGAAGCGACGGCUGCUGGAAAGGUACGGUAGAGACAUCUAUAUGCAGCUGUUGCGCAAGGAUGUGUACGAUUACUACUAG